GCUAAUCUUUAGGCUACUAAUCUUCCCAAGUUAUGCAAGCUGGUAUGUAUAGUGCAGCCUAAUGAGGUUCUUUAGCUUACCUCUGUUAUUGUAACACCAGGGUUAUCUAUAGGUAGCUUGGCUGUAGUGGUGCAGGGAGCUUCUGAGAUGGACUGGUCUUAUCUGCUGGUCUUGUGUCUAGUGACACUGUCUAACAUACAGCUGGGACAGUCUCAAUGUGAUGUUGUAAGGAUUGCUGCAGCUGUGUAUGAAGUUGUAGGACCAGCUUUGGAGACUAUUGAGAAAGACAUGAAGAAUAUGAAGUCUGACAUAGCAAGCCUCAGUCAAAAGGUUGAUAAUCUCACACAGGAGGUUGAGAAACUUGACACCAGACUGGGUUCUCUGAAUGAAUCAAUGAGAGAUGAUUUCAGAGGUGUCGAGAGAGGGUUUAAUGGUCUCAAUAGCGCAGCCAACAUGAUAUCUGACAAGAUUUACGAACACGACUAUCAAAUCACUACUAAACUGGUGAGAAUGAACCAGAGCCUGACAGAACAGAUUGUUAAUAACACUGGAGGGUCAAAAUGUGGAGGAACAUGGGGUUGGAGAAGUGCAGUCUACCUGGAUAUGACAGACCCCAACACCAGCUGUCCCUCUGGCUGGCAGCUCACUGGA